GGGACUGCAGCCUGUGUGGAUUUUUCUAAAUGUAUUUAUGCACCUCGUCUCCGUUCCGCCUAUGUUAAUGAUUUGUGUUAGCUAUGUAAAUGUCCCUUUAGUUUAUUGGCGCCACCGUCAGCUCUUCCUUCUACCUCAACAGUAAGCGUAUUAUCAAGCUAUCUUGACUGGAUCCAGCCUGCCACUGAACUUCCCGUCACUGAGAAGAACGCAGACGGAGAGAUCGAGCAGCUGAAUAGGGAAUAUAGGGGUUGUCAAUGAGAAUACAGGUCAAUCUACACGAAGACCAGACGGGUAGACAAAUCGAUAUCAUUGUCUUCUUUUAGUCGACGAGACGGGUCUCGACUGGCUUGCUUACCAACAACCUGCGCUGUAUUCCUUGCUUGAGCACCAAGCUGCAGUUUGCCCCACUGUCGUCGAGGCUCGAUACAACCACUGGUGGGGGGGUUUAAAUGGGAUCCUCGUUUCAAUAGAACUCCCUUCUCCCACCCCCCGACGGACCUUCGCUCGAAUCCGACUCGGGCGCUGUCUUCCCAGGGGGGUGCCGGUUUUUGCUCAGUCUGACUGGGGAAGGAGGGCGGCCCCCCCCCCCAGCAUUGACUGUCGCUCUGGCCGACCCUAGUGGAGCCUAAUAUGGCAGGAAAUCUGAAGAAAGGCGGAGGACUGAUCGGGAUGAUGAAGGACGCGUUUCAGCCCCAUCACCACCUCCAUUCCCAUCACCAACCUGGGGCCGUGGACAAAAAGACGGUGGAGAAAUGCUGGAAACUAAUGGACAAGGUGGUGCGACUGUGCCAGAACCCCAAGCUGGCCCUGAAGAACAGCCCACCUUACAUCCUGGACCUGCUGCCAGACACCUACCAGCACCUUCGCACCAUCUUGUCCCGCUACGAGGGAAAGAUGGAGACGCUCGGCGACAACGAGUAUUUCCGCGUCUUCAUGGAGAACCUGACCAAGAAGACCAAGCAGACCAUCAGCCUUUUCAAGGAGGGAAAGGAGCGCAUGUACGAGGAGAACUCGCAGCCCAGACGGAACCUGACCAAGUUGUCGCUGAUCUUCAGUCACAUGCUGGCCGAGCUCAAAGCCAUCUUCCCCAACGGCCUGUUCCAGGGGGAUAACUUCCGAAUCACCAAGGCUGAUGCCGCCGAGUUCUGGAGAAGAUCGUUUGGGGACAAGACUAUAGUGCCUUGGAAGGUGUUCCGGCAGGCACUGCAUGAGUUCCACCCCAUCAGCUCGGGCCUGGAAGCCAUGGCCCUCAAGUCCACCAUCGACCUCGCCUGCAACGACUACAUCUCCGUCUUCGAGUUUGAUAUCUUCACCAGGCUCUUCCAGCCUUGGUCAUCUCUGCUGAGGAACUGGAACAGCCUGGCGGUGACUCACCCGGGCUACAUGGCCUUCCUCACCUACGAUGAGGUCAAGGCCCGGCUGCAGAAGUUCAUCCACAAACCUGGCAGCUACAUCUUCAGGCUGAGCUGCACGCGGCUGGGCCAGUGGGCCAUCGGCUACGUCACUGCAGAUGGGAACAUCCUGCAGACCAUCCCCCACAACAAGCCCCUCUUCCAGGCCCUCAUCGACGGCUUCCGGGAAGGAUUCUACCUGUUCCCCGACGGGCGUACACAGAACCCAGACCUCACAGGACUGUGUGAGCCAUCGCCACAAGACCAUAUUAAAGUCACACAGGAGCAAUAUGAGCUGUACUGUGAGAUGGGCUCCACCUUCCAGCUGUGUAAGAUCUGUGCGGAGAACGACAAGGACGUGAAGAUCGAGCCCUGCGGUCACCUCAUGUGUACCUCCUGUCUCACCGCCUGGCAGGAGUCGGAGGGUCAGGGCUGCCCGUUCUGCCGCUGUGAGAUCAAGGGCACGGAGCCCAUCGUGGUUGACCCCUUUGACCCCAAGGACCCCAUAGGCGGCUCCUGUAGGGGCCUGUUCGGGGCAGAUGGCGCCCCCUCACCCAGCUAUGACGAUGACGACGACGACCGGCUGGACGACCCCCACCUCAUGAUGAGCAAGCUGGCCUGUUCCAAGGUGGAGCGUCCCCCCUCGCCCAUGUCCCUGGCGCCCCAGUCCUCCCUGCCCCCCGUGCCCCCCCGCCUUGACCUCCUGCAGCACCGACCACCUAACCCCCCAGGAGCAUCCAGCCCAGGGGCCACAUCCAAGGCGUCCUCCCACCACAAGGACAAGCCUCUCCCCCUGCCCCCAGCCCUGAGGGACCUGCCACCGCCUCCUCCCCCAGACAGACCUCUCUCUGCCGGGCCUGACGGGUGGCUCGGCAGACGGCCCCUACCCUGCACCCCCCUGGGGGAGCCCAAGCUGCCUCCGGCCCCGCCCAACCGCAACCUGGCCGACUGGAACCCCAGGCCAGUGCCCAAGGCCCCCGGACAGCCACCCAGUGUGGGAGACACGCGGGGGGUCCGGGAGCUCUCCAACAGACACUCGCUCCCCCUGGCCCUACCCUCAGUGCUAGACGGAUGCACCGACGGACAGAGGAAUAACAGCUCGCUCAGUCUGGACCAUCAGCUGGAGAAGGGAGCCCAGAGCUUUGGAGGCACGGCGUCUGGCAGUCAGGCGUAUGACAACCCCAAAGUGAAGCCUUCAGUCUCGGCAAAUGCCAUCUAUGCUCUGUCAACAAGACCCCAUCCAGGUCUGAAGCCAGUGGCCGGGGAGGAGGCCUACGAGAGUGACGAGGAGUCCGACUACAUGAUCCCCACCUCUCGGCCCGUCCUGGUCCCCAUGGCAGAGACCCCAGUCCCCAAACCCCCCCAGCCUACCUCUUUCAACUCAUGGCCCAUGCUGAAUGACCUGGAUGAAGGACCUCAAAUGUAUGAAGCCAUGUAUAACGUCCAGGUCCAGGCUCACCUGGCCAGAGACUCGGAUUACUCUGAGCUGCCUCCCUUGGCCAGUACCAAUUGUCCCAUCUGGGAGAUCCCCUGCCCGGUGCGGGAGCCCCCUGAGGAGGUAGAGGAGGAAAACGGCUACGACAUCCCCAAACCAGCGUUGCCCAUGGCCCCGGCCCGACGCACCCUGUCCGAGCUGGGGGCCACUUCCAGCGCCGCCUUCAACCGUCUCUCCAUGGACAGCGAACCCGGAGCAUCCGCCUCCUUCUCAGAUUCCAGCGACGCCCCAGAGCGGCCGCCCAAGCCCCUCCCACGCCGCAUCAACUCUGAGCACCGGCCCAUACCUCCUGGAUUAGGCGGUGGUGGUGGUGGAGGGGGAGGAGGAGGUGGAGGAGUAGCCAACCCCCAGAUCACCAGUGAGAUCGAGCAUCUCAUGAGGCAAGGCUACACCUACCAGGACAUCCAGAAAGCCCUGAUGAUUGCACAGAACAAUAUGGAGAUGGCCAAGAAUAUCCUGCGCGAGUUUGUCUCCAUUCCCUCCACGGCUCACAUUCUUACAUAGUACCUCCUCUGCUCCAGCCCUGCCCAGCUCAGCCCAAAGUCCAUCUCCUGCAGUACUAGCGCUUCAGUGCUAACUGGAGCCCCUGCAGUCUCCUGUCCGGCGCCCUCUCAAAACUAGCUCAUUCCGAGCCCUGCGCUUCACGCGCUUUUUCAAGAGUGACCGGACGCCUUUUGUAAUGUGCUGCAGGGCCACUCUCCAGAUCCCAUGGGGUGAAGUGAUGAUGAUGGCUCAUCGCACAACCGACGCUUCGACGGUCGUUUUCACGUCCUCUCGAGGCCUCUACCGAAAUGUAAUCGA